CUUACUUGAAAAGAAAUGUGCUUUGGCUCUGCAUUUCGUCUGUUUACGCGCGAGGAUGUUGACCCUUCACGAAUCAGGAAAACACAGAAAGUCUGGACUGUCAGAACAGAGGGAGGAACUAUACCCAAGCGUCUGGACUGGCAUAGAAAAGAGGAGAAAGAGCAUUUAAAAGGAGUACAAAAUCCCCAGCAUGAAAGAAUUAUUACUGUGGCUACUAAUGGGACUAUCCAUAGCCCGAGGUUUCCUCAUGCUUACCCAAGAAAUAUGGUCUUGGUGUGGAGACUGGUAGCAGUGGAGGAAAAUGUGUGGAUACAGCUUACAUUUGAUGAGCGAUUUGGGCUGGAAGACCCGGAAGAUGACAUAUGCAAGUAUGAUUUUGUAGAAGUUGAGGAGCCCAGCGAUGGAAGUGUACUGGGACGCUGGUGUGGUUCUGCUGCUGCGCCAGGAAAACAGAUUUCUAAAGGAAAUCAAAUCAGGAUACGAUUUGUGUCUGAUGAGUAUUUUCCUUCAGAGCCAGGGUUCUGCAUCCACUACAACAUUGUCGUGCCACGAGUCGCAGAGGCUGUGAGUCCGUCAGUGCUACCCCCUUCGGCCUUGCCACUGGACCUGCUUAACAAUGCGGUCACGGCCUUCAGUACCUUAGAAGAUCUCAUUCGCUAUCUCGAGCCAGAUAGAUGGCAGCUGGACUUGGAAGAUCUGUACAGGCCUUCGUGGCAACUUCUUGGCAAGGCUUUUGUUUUUGGAAGAAAAUCCAAAGUGGUGGAUCUGAACCUUAUAAAAGAGGAGGUGAGAUUGUACAGCUGCACGCCUCGGAACUUCUCGGUGUCCAUCAGGGAAGAGCUAAAGAGAACCGAUACCAUUUUCUGGCCAGGCUGCCUCCUGGUCAAACGCUGCGGGGGCAACUGCGCCUGCUGUCUGCACAGCUGCAGUGAGUGUCAGUGUGUCCCAAGCAAAGUCACAAAGAAAUACCACGAGGUCCUGCAGCUGAGACCAAAGGCUGGGGUUCGGGGCCUGCACAAAUCCCUCACCGACGUUGCCUUGGAGCACCACGAGGAGUGUGGCUGUGUCUGCCGAGGGAAUGCCGGGGGAUAACAGUGUUGGGGCCAGCGCCUCCCCGGAGCGGCCAGGUGCAGUUGACUCUGCUUGAGAACUCAUGCCUUAUCUCAUCCACAGUCUUAGUUUGCUUGGAGGAGGACCUUCCAUCUGCAGGAUGUGCAGUGUGUUCUAGGAAGAGACACCAAAUGGAAUUAGGAGGUGCACAGCAGUGCCUUUGUGAAGAGUGGGGCCAGAGCACGGGGACAAGGUCACCCGCCCCGGAGAAGAACUGAGUGGUGCAGCUCACACGCUCGUCUCAGAGUCAGAGUGUCCCAUGCCCACUCACUAUGCUCUGUAUUGCAGCUAUCUGGAUGCGGCUUAAGUUAAGUCAGCAAAGGAAAAACUGUACAAGUGAACACCUCGUUCUGUUGCUCUGCUUAACUCCACAGCUCCUUGUUUUGGGCCUAAAGUCAUGGGAAAUCUGGAAUAUUUUUUGCCUUAUUUUCACAGAUAUAAAUUAGAAUGUUCUAUGAACUUGAUUUUUCAAGAGGAACUAUGUUGCUAUGAAGUAAACUGGUGUCACGCUGAUAGGAAAGACUGGAUUUUUCUAUAUUUCUUAAUAAAACAUCUGCCUUUUGGAAGAAGAGAACUACAUUCAUGGUUUGGAAGAGACAAACCUGAACAGAAGAGAGUGGCCUUCACUUUAUCUCUGAGUUGGCUUAUUUGUUUUAUUGUGUACAUUUUCAUAUUCUCCUUUUGACAUUAUAACUGUUGGCUUUUCUAAUCUUGUUAAAUAUAUCUAUUUUUACCAAAGGUAUUUAAUAUUCUUUUUUAUGACAACCUAGAUCAACUAUUUUUAGCUUGGUAAAUUUUUUCUAAACAAUUGUUAUAGCCAGAGAACAAAGAUGAUAUAAAAUAUUGUUGCUCUGACAAAAAAUACAUGUAUUUCCUUCUUGUAUGGUGCUAGAGCUUAGAUUAAUCUGUAUUUUAAAAUAUGGAAGUGGGAAAUCAAUAGAAGUCACACUUCUUGUAAGUCACAAACACUUUUGGGGAAAUAAUGAUCAUAUUCUAAAUGCAGGUAAAAAGCAACCUAUGAAAAACAGACAUUCAGCUCAUCAUUAACAGCGAAACCCUUUUUUGGGGAAAAUGAGCCUAGCUCAGAAAAAUGUAUUUCACCUGAGUAAAACAGGAUCAGCUUCCCGACACAGGAUGCCGUGUAAUGCAGUAGGAACACAUGCUAUUUAUUUUGAUGCUAUGGUUUUUAUUACCCUUAAACUCUGUUCCAUACACCUGUAUAAAUACAUGGAUUUUUUUAUGUACAGAAGUAUAUCCUUUAACCAGUUCACUUAUUAUACUUGUUGGCAAUUGGGAAGAAAAUUGGUAAAAUACUUUGCUUGUAAAAUGCUUAGUAAUGUGCCUAGGCUAUGUGGUGACUAUUUGAAUUAAAACUGUAUUGAAUCAUCAAAUAAAAAAAGAUGGCUAUUUUGGGGAGAAA